AUGACCCCUUGUAUAAACGGUGUGGUUAGUGCUGAUGAAGAUGAAGUGAAGUCAGUGAUGGAGGGAGAGCCUGUCACCUUAAAUCCUGACCUUACUCAAAUAAAGGAAAUAAAUCAGAAAAAGUGGAGUUUUCAAAAAAAGGGAUCUGACACUCCUCAAGUCAUAGAAGAUGUGGAGAUAUGGAAAGGCAGAUGGAAGAUGGAUCAUCAGACUGGAAAUCUGACUAUCAACAACACGAGAACCAAACACACUGGACUUUACAUACUUAAGAUUGAGCUCAAUACUGGGCCCAAAUAUAAAAGAUUUACUGUUACUGUCAACGAAGUUCCAUCUGUUAUUGAAGGUCAUGAAGCUGAAACAAAGAGCUUGUCAGUGAUUGAGGGAAAUCUUGUCACUCUCCACACUGAUAUUACUAAGCUAAAUGGAGAUGAGCUGAUAGUGUGGAGGUUUGGAGAUGAAGGAAAACUCCUGACUAAAGAAGAUAAAGAGACCAAGAGUCCACCAUAUUAUAGUACUGAUGAGAGAUUCAGAGACAGACUGCAGCUGAAUGACCAGACUGGAUCUCUGACCAUCAAGAACAUGAAAGACACAGAUGCUGGACUUUAUACAUUGAAGAUCAACAGCAACAAACAGAUAUUACACAGGAAAUUCAUUGUCACUGUCAGUGGUGAGUAA